CGACAUAGCAAGGCUAAUAUUACCUCAACCAUUCAAGCCUACAAGCAGCGGAACUUGCGUUAUCCGAUUCUACCACUACAUGUCCGGAAGAGACGUUGGGAAGUUAACAUUGUACAUCAGCGACAUUAAUGGAAAGAGGCGGGUCUGGGAGGGACAAACAGCUUUUGCAGCAUGGACAAGAGAAGCAGUUGAAGUACACUCCAAUGUUGCAUUUCAGGUCCUCUUUGAGGGUACAGUUGGAACAUCACACUUAGGCCACAUCGCGCUGGAUGACAUAUCACUAACCCCAGGCUGUCAGUUUGAAGUUGACACGUGCAUUCUGAGUGGACCAACAUUUACGUGUGAGAGCGGUGAGUGUGUUUCCAAAGAACAUCAAUGUGACUUCAAUCACAACUGUUUGGAUGGAUCAGACGAGGACGACUGUAACUACGAUUCUGGUCGCUGUGACUUCGAGAGAAACUUCUGCAACUGGGAGCAGAGCGAUCAAGACAACUUUGACUUUCAGCGCGGGCAAGGGUCAACAGACACGUCCUACACAGGUCCGCAGAUGGACCAUACCAAAGGGAAUACAAGGGCUGGUUUGUCACUGAUCUAA